GCAUCGAGAGGAGCAUCGAGAGAAGCGGAUCAUCCUGAGAUAUAAAAGGAUUGACCGAUGCGAUGGACAUAUCGACUCGCGUUCAGCUAUACCGUUAAUCGUGACACGCGCGAAUACCGAGAAACAAUGACGAAGACCGAGGAUCAGUUUGAUGGAAUGUUGUUGGCAUUGGCUCAGCAACACGAGGGUGGUGUGCAGGACCUGCUGGAUACCAUCUUCAGUUUCCUCGCGAGAAAGACAGAUUUUUAUACCGGCGGUGGCGAAGGGGCAGCUGAAAAGCUUGUCAUGAGCAAAUUCAAGAAACAUGAAGCCGGUGCUCUCGCCAAAGCUGCCUCGGAUAAAGCAGAAAGAGCGGAGCAGGAGAGAAGGCGUAAGGAGAGACUCGAGAAGAAGAAGAAAGAGGAGCAAGUGGAGGAAGAGAAAAUAGAUAACGAUUCUAGAAUAGUUGAAUUAACUGAUGAACAGGCUGUUAAACUACAAGAAGAAAUAGACAGCAAGAAAUUGGCAAGUGAUGCCGCUGUCGCAGGAUCUAGCAGCGAUCGCAGUGACAGCACUAAGAGUGACGAACGUGAAAGUACCGAUUCUAAGGAUGGCAACGCAUCCGACGAGGAAGAAGACGAAAAGGAGAAAAAUAAACUUAAGCCCAACAGCGGUAAUGGUGCAGACAUGCCGACUUAUCGAUGGACGCAGACUCUUGGAGAAGUGGAGAUUAAAGUUCCGCUAAAGAUCAACUUUUCGGCCAGGCCGAGAGACGUGGUCGUGUCGAUCGCGAAGAAACACCUGAGCUGCGGACUGAAAGGCCAUCCGCCAAUUCUCGCUGGGGAUUUCCCGCACGAGGUCAAGCUCGAGGAGUCCACUUGGGUAAUUGAGGACGGAAAAGUAUUGCAUAUCAGUGUGGAAAAGGUAAAUAAGAUGCAAUGGUGGGCACAUGUUAUAACGAGUGAACCAGAAAUUAGUACGAAGAAAGUGAACCCCGAACCUAGUAAACUCUCUGACCUCGAUGGAGAGACAAGGGGCCUCGUGGAGAAGAUGAUGUAUGAUCAGAGGCAGAAGGAAUUAGGACUUCCGACGUCCGACGAACAAAAGAAGCAGGACGUUAUCAAAAAGUUUAUGGAACAACAUCCCGAGAUGGACUUCUCGAAGUGUAAAUUCAAUUAAGAUGAUUCGAUAACGCAUUUAAUGAUAUUCUAAAAAGAUAUUUACUCCAUAUUUCUCGAUUAAAGGAUUACAGUACUUUGUAUUAUUUAUUAAACGUAAAAUUCCGAAAGAGUUAUAUUGUUUUAAAAUUGUGUUCAUCCGAAAGGCAGCUUUAAUGCCGCAAUCAACAAUUUCUACUAAUUUAUCGCCCUGCCACGACGAAUAAUAAAAACAAAACUUUUUUCUUUCAUUUCUUCUAUGUCAGUAAUUAUAAUAAUAUCACCGAAGGCGGAUUAAUUUUUAAAUUUCAUGAAUCCAUUCUCCACACUAGUUGUCAUACUAUAUUCAAGUUUCAAUCCGUGUUUUCUUCCAUCUACUACAAUUCUAUGACAUAAAUCAUAGAACUAAAAGUGGAAGAGCAGAACAAGCUACAGAAGAAAAUUUACAUAUAUCCACAAAUGUACAGACGUAGACAGUUUAUUAAUAUACUGUUUUUUAAUUAAUCUAAUGUGGAUUUUUUGAUCCACACUAUGUGGAGCAGAAGAUUUCGGAUGAUUAAUAUUAUUUAUUAAUAAAAUGUCUGCGUUUGUACAAUGUAUGGAUAUAUUUGAACAUGAAUUUUCUUCUUCAGUUUGCUCUGUUGUUCCAUUUUUAGUUCUAUGAUUUAUAAUGCCGUAGUACAUGUAAUCUUAUAAACAUAUAAUAUUGACAAAUUACGAGGAGUAAAUAUCUUUUUCUGGUACUAUACAUACUUGAUAUUUUGAAAUACAUCUCGCUUUUGAUUAUCAUAAUGCAAUGUUCGAUCUUCUACGCUCGACGUUUCCAUUCGUUGAAAAGGAAAGGAAGUCGAUAGGAUUGCAAAGAUGGCAGCACAAUGUUAGCGUAUGGUGUCUCAUACAGAGUUCUGCUAAUGCGAUCGAAAUGUUUUCUGAUUAUUCUACAUUUUUAUCGCUGUUUUUUUUUUUACAUUUUCCUUACUUUGAAAGUAAACACAAAAGAUGCAUUGCACAGUUGUAAAUGUUUCAUUUUUCUAUUGCGCUGUUCUUAUCUGUCGAGCUUAUUGGAAAGAAGAUAGAGUAGAAUUGUGAUGAAAGAUGCAACUUUGAAAAUAAAAAUCGUAUAACUGUU